AUGACAGUCAAGGCAGACAAGAGUACCUGGAACAGCUCAGGAAAAGGUGAAGUUUCAAAUAUUCCGGAGAACGGAGUGUAUGGAGAAUCACGGGAACCCGGAAAGAAGCUGAGAUUACAGACCGCUCCCCGCAGUGGGACUCAGGCCCCUCUGCCCGGCAGCAGACGAAGAGCAGCACCGCCCGGUCCUCAGCGACGCCGCGGGCUCGCGGCUCGGUUACAGUCAGCAAAAUCUUCCCUAGGUAUCGUGGCAGUGUGUGCACAGAGCCGCAGAGCACCUGGUGCCCCGGCCAGACGCGUCUGGCGCUGCAAACUGCGGGCCCUGCCACAGCAUCCUGGCACGGCCUCCGCGUCUCCGUUCUGCUCCAGCACCUGCAGAGCUUUCUUCCCUUCGAUGCUGCAGCGUGGCAGCGCACAUGAGGAGGUAAGUGUGCGCACAGUGCUGCGCAGCCCACCGUCCCAUCUGGGCUUCCCCUCCUGGCGCCACUGGCUAUGGGAAGAGCAGCGGCUGGUUGCAUUAGCAGUGUUGCAAAAUGGGCAACUGCCCCGCUCGCUCCCUGUGGACUCGGGGCCUCUUGGUGGGGAGACCCCCAUUAGCAGCAGGGAUCGAGGACAGCACAGCCGAUCGCAGCCGAAGGAGAAAGUAGCCAGUAGGGAGAGGAAAGGCUCUGUAGAGUUAAGGGAGUCGUUCAAAAGUGACAGAAAGCACCCUGAAUACGGGUAUGCAGUUCCUCCACCGUCAGCGCAGCCAAACUAUUCAAACACGUACACCAUUAUUCAACAGCCUGCUACCACCACUUCUGUAGUAGUAGUCGGAGGCUGUCCUGCCUGCAGGGUUGGCGUGUUGGAGGACACCUUCACCUGUCUCGGUGUUUUGUGUGCCAUUGUAUUCUUUCCAAUUGGGAUUCUGUUCUGUCUUGCACUGAGACAGCGAAGAUGCCCUAAUUGUGGGGCAGCUUUUGGCUAAGGGGAUGAAUGUGGAUGUGCUUAUGGAAGCUACAACUGUUAAGCAUACUCUUUCUAAUGUAAAUGUCCUGUACAAUCAUUUUAUUUGCUUCAGACCUGUUUUGUAAAGUGUGAAGAAAUUUAGUCUCUUGCAUGUAAUUUAAACUUAAUCUUUUAUGAGCAUGUGCAUUGCAAAACAUGAAAACUGAACUUGUUUUCCAUGUUUAGUGGCACCUCUUGAAAAACUAAAUAAAACUGCUUUUCUUUUUGCAAUCCUCAA